AGGCGGGCCGCGCUGGCGGCGGCGGCCGCCGCCGCCGCCGCGGCCGUCGCCGCGGACAGCGGCCUGCGUGCGGGGGGGCGCUACGCGCCAAGCGGGCCGGUGGUGUGGCCGCCGAGGCUGUCCAAGGAGACGCUGCGCGAGGAGCUGGUCCCGGGGGCCAUCUGGGGUCUGGAGCAGGUGAUCGCGUUCUUCACGGUCUCCGCCAACGUCCGCAUGACGGUGGUGCGCUUGCGCGACGGGGGCCUCUGGGUCUGCUCGCCUGUCUCGCCCACGGGCCAGUGCCUGCGGCUGCUCCGUGAGCUGGGGCGCGUGGCACACCUCGUGGCGCCGGGGACGGCGCUGGAGCACAAGGCCUCCUUGGCGGACUUCUCGCGCGAGUUCCCGGAGGCCACGGUCUGGGUCUCGCCCGGCCAGGGCGCCAGCCCGCUCGACCCGCCGCUGGGCCGCGUGGACGGCGUGCUCGGCCAGGGGAGCGAGCCUCCCUGGAAGUCAGAGAUCGACUACAGGGUUUUCUACGUGGCGCCUCCGGAGACGGCCGGGACCUACGCGGAGACGGCCUUCUUCCACGCCCAGAGCAGGACACUGCUUCUCACGGACGCCGUGCUGAGUGUCCCUAUCAGCCCGCCUGACGUCCUCUCGUCCUACGGAUUCGAGGGGGAGCCCAGCGGAUUGACCCCAGAGCAGUGGUACUACAAGUUCAUCGCCUUCAAUUUUCUGGCGAUGCGCGGCUCGGACGAGGCGGACUUCAGGGCCCUCAGCAGGCCCAAGGGCAUCGUCAGCCCUAUCCUGCGGUUCACGCUCUACCCAGUCUGCCAGCGACAGGCAGCGGCAUGGGUCGAGGACGUGGCCCGCUGGCCGUUCGAGCGCGCGGUGGCUGCCCACCUGCGGUCCCCGUUCGAGCUGGCGCCGGCGGACUUCCUGCGGGCGUUCGGGUUCCUCUUCGGCCGGGAGAGCUCCUGGGAGCCGGAGCCCGCACAGCUCGCGCAGCUGCUGUCCGCGGCCCGGCAGCUGGAUGGGCCAGAGGCCUUAAGCAGCAGCAUCUGGGCGCGGUUCGUAGCGGACGCGCCCUCGGGGUAA